AUGCAGUUCUUCCUCGUCCUCUUCGCCCUCGUCUUCGUUGCCAACACCACCGCCAUCUCACAGCAUCAAGCCGGUUAGUUAAAUGAAUCCAAAAGAAGGUUCCGAGCAGUCCAUCCCAUCCCCAUCACUAAUGAACUGGUCAAACAAGGAAAGAGGAACUCGUGAAGUGAGCUCUUUUCUGCGAACCGAAAACGGCCUCCUAUUGUCUCCUAAUUUCGUCCGAAUUCGCGUAGCUCAGCUCUCUUUUGGAGCCCAGUUUCUUAGCUCUGACUCUUUUUAUGAAUACAAUAUGAACGCACACCGAGAGACUUCGCCUCUUUUUACGAGCACAAUAAAACACGGAGCGGUUUUGUGACGUGGCGGAACGGAUAAGAAAAUAGGAGAAAAAGGAGAGGCAAAAAAGGGAAGAUUGGAAAGAGAGGGCUCUUCUGGGAAGCAUCGUUUUCGCGUAUUCAGAAGAGAAACAAAAGUAACCAUGGCUUCAGACGGCCGCAUGAAGAUGUGCCCCCCGGGCGGAUCCACCUUCACAAUGGCCUGGUCGAUGUCGUGCUCAAUGCGUCGGAGGAAACGGGACAUCGGAGCAAUAUUCGGUCAGUUUCCCUGCCUCCAUCUCCCUUCCGGAACUUCCGAUUCUUCCAGGAAAGCGCGCUCUCGUCGCUCCGUCGAUUCGCCAACUGCAGACGAUCUGCUGCCAGGUCGGGUGCAACGUGGAAGAUCUUCUCGCCUAUUGCGCCCCGAUCUGA